AUGACUUCUACGACGUCGGAAAGCGGUUUUGGUACUAGACGUACCCUAGUUCAGUUGAAAAACCUGCCGGAUUUGACGGAAAUUAGUCACUUGAAGAUAGAUGCCCCCGUAGUGGAAAUUUUGAGGAAAACGGUAUUAUUCCAAUUGAACUCGUUGGACAUCUGCAUUUCAAACUUUGCAUUGGAUGAGCUGGUCAAUCUCGUGGCCGUUCAAAUGGACGGGAUGUUUCGGAACCUACACAAUCUAGCACUUCUGCAAAGAAGAUCGCGAGCUACUCAAGCGGAUUUGAAGUUAUUGUUUAAGGAGUUCAAUCUGGACCCGGCCUCUCUUUACCAACAGCUUCAGAUCUCAGAAUUCAUUAAAUCUAACCAUUCCGUGGAGUAUGAAAAACUGGUUAGCUCGUCAUCGUUUUCUGCGUCUUCACACAACGAAGAAGACGAAGAAGACGAAUUGAAUAAUAUCGAAGAGCAGCAGAAUGAGAUCAGCGUCUUGUUACCACCUUCCAAUCCUUUGGAGAAACUCAUGCCGAGUUGGCUACCUAACUUUCCACCAGAUCAUACUUACAGAUUUACGCCAGAGUUUAAUCAUCCAAUUACGGACCUGAAAACAAUCAAGAGAGAAAUCGUAAAGGAGAGCAAGGAGUCUGAAAAGGCCCUGCUGAACCUAAACAAACGUCUUCUCCACAUAUCCUUAGCGUCUCAUGCUCCACCGCCGCGUCUUCCAGACGAUGCAGAUGCCGGUGAACAGCAAUUGGAGAUUUGGGGCAACGCACUUCAAGAAGAGAAACGAACCGCAAUAUCAAAGUCCUUCAACGAAAACAACAUCGAGCAGUAUGCUAAGUAUAGGGUAGAACUGGCAAGAGAGCGUGUUUCGAAGUUCGAGGUUAACCAAUUGAAAAGAACAAAAAAUCCAUUUUUGAGGAUUUCGGAAACUCUCUACUCUUCCAAGAGCCCACAUCAGCCCCAUAGAGCGAUACAGAGAGCCAUCGACUUGCAAUUUCGAAAAUCAAUGAUGCUGUUUGCGCACAAUCUACCCAAAGUCCAGAAGCUGAAAAAGGAAAAAAUACGAAUGGCCAUAGAAGAAAGAUCAAGAUCGUUAAAACGCCGGCAAGAAGAACUUAUAUUGGAACGAAAGAAAAGAGAACAAGAUGAAGGCCAUGAUCUGGAGCUCCUGCUCCAUAAUGAGCACGCAAGGGAGUCUACUGAAAACAACACAAACCCCAAUGCACCAAGCAGUUUUACCAUAGAUAUAAAUGCGAACGCGGAUGAUGAGGACGAUGAUAUGAAUCUAUUUGGAAUUUUGGGCAGCAGCGGGGAUGAAAACGAAGCUCCCAGCAUACAAAACGGGAAUGUGGCCGGGGAGCCAGAACCCCCCACGGCGACAGUGCAAGAUAACGCGAAUACUACGUCUAUGACACAUAACACAACGAACAUUGACGCGACUGCCACAAACCCCUCCUUCUCCUCCUUCCAAUCAACUCCUAAUGAAAAUGCCCCAACGUCUCCUCCUAUACUCAAAGCCACGGACCACGAUAUAACUAUGUAA